UGGACGAUCUUGAGUGCACACACACCGCGACCAUGCGAUCUUCUCGCUCGUUUUCAAAGGAUCGCACUCCUCUUUCGCGUGUCCUUGAGGCUAAUCACGCCAUUUUUGCAUCUGGUCACCAUUUUAUCUCGGCCGAUGGUCUUCAUUUCAAGCCAAGUCAUCCUCGCGUGCGCAAUAAUUUUCGUCCUUCGUGCACAGUGAAUUAAGUCCUGUUUUAAGUGUGUGGCCGCGAGAAUCCUUUUGGAAAAUAAUGCAUUUCGACCCGAUCAUGUAUUCUAACUUUCUGGAGCCAGAAAAACUAGAAGAAAUCAGAAAGGAGUUUGCCGCUAACGGAAGAAACGUUGACUCAUCUGGAGAGUCGAGUGAUGAAGAGGCUGGUAAAAAAAAUGUCUUUAACGAAAAGAACGAAAAGGAUAGCGUUGUUCGUCAGCAGUUAACAAAUUACGUUAAGAACACGCUAGCGUUAUAUCAUAUGCAGCAAUGCAUGACGAAUAUUAUGCCCCAAGAAAACGAGCAGGAAACACUAGUAGAAUCUCUGCACAAAAUGAGUGUGUCCGAUAAUUCGGAAAUAAGCUUCUCAAACGUAACUCCCUCGGAAUUGGAAAAUGUUCCGAAGUACUUGACCGCUAGCAGUGCAGCGCAACAUAAUUAUACACUCUUCGCUACAAAGGAGAAGAGUUCAACUUCGAGCACUCGAUCGAUGAUCUCGAGGCGGUCAACGUUCAAGCCCACCUUACGAUCGCAAAACCGUCCACUUCAAACGGAAUGUGUGUUCUGUCGCAAUAACGGCGAGCCCCGAAGGAUUUACCAGAGUCACAUUUUGCGGGACGAAAAUAAGGCAGUGGUGUGCCCAAGACUUCGUAGCAUGCGAUGUCUGAAUUGCGGUGCAACAGGGUCCAAGGCUCACACUCAAAAGUAUUGCCCGUAUAAACGUAUUGUAACGCCCGAGGACUUGGUGCAUAUGGAAGCUACAUGGAAAGAGCAGCGGGAGCAGCGAUCAGCUGCCUCGUCCACUUCUUCGAACGUCCGUCGACAUUUGCGCAACUGAAUUGUGGAUGAUUUUGAUAAGGUAUCUCAUGUUGUCCCUUUAAAAUUGUCUGUAAAACGGUACGUGAAAAUAGGCAUUCCUAAAAGGAGAUGCUGGGAUUUUUUAUAAGGUUGACUAUAUCAAAAUUUACGUAAAAUGAACGUAGAGGAUCGUUUAAGAGGAUGUAGGUUGAACUUAUCGUAAACGAUACUGACCCUACGAGGAACAUGUUUUUCCUGUAGAACACAGCAGCAAGAAUAAUAGACAUAAUUAGACAGAGAUACAUGAAAUGUGACGAGAAACAAAGAAAUCUUAGAAAGCACAGGCAGUAGCGGAAGAAUACUACUGAUACUAUUUUUGUCUUACCAUAAUUAUACGAAUAUUGUGGUGAUAGCAGCUCCUAAAAGGACAUGCUUUGAAUUUGUGUGCUAAAUAAUCAAAAUUUAGUAAAAGAAAGCAAGGGCAAAGAUACGCAUCAGAUUGUUUGAGCGGAAGUAGGUUCCCUAUACCUUAAGUACCUAUCGUUGAAGAUAGCCAACAAAUACUUCCGAUGCUUUUAAUUUAUUUACUUCCACAAAUAUUCUACAAAAAUAU